AUUAUUCAUUUGCAAAGUGUACAGGACUCUUAUUCAGAAGAAUUCCAAAAAUCCGUGACUCGGAAGUACUUAGUUCUUCUUGCCUGUGUCACAGUUUCUGGACCAGAGUUUUGUAUUGCCUUUGGUCGGACUUUUGCCCAAACCCCAGUGUCCGAUUACAAUUUCCACGUUAGCGUUUUUAAAUUCGCGUUGGAGAUAGGACUUGGUUGAUAGAUGUUAUUUAGGCAACGCUAGCUAGCUGCUUACAAUGGCUAACUGUAUGGUUUUCCACACUCAAAUAGCCUCCGUCAUGGAGGUGCUAGCGAAUGCAGCCGUGUCAGAGAUCUGUAAACUCGUAGACGACGACUAUGCAGUGUUUCGUUUGGAAAUUUCUCAAAGCCAGAAAGAAAACAGGACAUUGCGGAGGAAACUACAGCUACUGGAACUGAAGAUGGCACGGGAGCGCGCAGAGAGGACAAUGCGAGAGCGCGUCCUCGCAAGUCGUCCAAGAAGUGUCAAGAUUCUCGACCAGUACAGAGGAAUAGCAAGAGGUGAAGGACAUCUCACUGGAGGCCACAGAAGCUUUGUGAAGCCAGCUGGACACAAUACAUGGAGAGAUGACCAACCAAUCACAGUUGAUGAAGGGAGUGGAACCUCAACCCAGCACAUUAUCAUAAUAGAGUCUGCAGAUGCAGAGGCUGCAGGUCCUGGGGUUAAGCAGGAGAUGGCUGAAGGAGAAGAGGACCCACGGCACAGCAGAGACAGCCAGACUGCAGCGGCUGGAGCUCCCCCUGUAACCACGGAGGACCCCACCACCGCCCCAUCGCAGCCCAGCAGCAUCACGGAGGAGGAGGGUCCAGAGGUGCUGCUGGUGAAGGAGGAGGGGUGUGAGGGGGGUCUGGGGAACCCUGAGGGGACCAUAGUCAUGGAGGACAACCAGACUACACCUCCUGAACCCACAGAGGAACCAGCAGAGCAGCACAGGACCACACACAAUCUCACUGAGUCAGUAGACAUGGAGGAUGGGAAGCCUGAUCUGCUGCUGGUCAAAGAGGAGACAAUAGAAGACGGACCAGAGAGUGUUGAUCUGCUGAGUGGACUAAAGACGGGGGAGCAAGGUGGUUGGCUGGAGGCUAACAGAGGAAACUGGGCGACGAUCUUGGAUUCUAAGACAGGUGCAGCCAAGGGCCCGGUGGACAACAUCACCGAGCAGGCCAGGACCACAGGCGACAUAGUGGAUGUCAGUGGAAGGGACAGCAUCCUCAACUCUGGGCUGGUGAACAACACUGUUAACCACAACCAGAAACAGACAGUCGAACACAAAACAACAACCGAUCAUAGUCUCCAUGACAACAGACUGGCUGAGACCAGGGUGAGGAUUAGAUUUGGUCUGCGGGGACAGGUAGGUGUCCGUAUGCGGCAAGAGAGAACAGACACAGACUUGGCUAGUGAUGCUCCAUCCUGCUCCUAUAGUUGUGAUUCAGAGAGACUGAUGGUGCCUCAGGUUAACCCUCCAACAGGUGCUGCCUUCAGCCUGCCUUCUAUAGGAUCUAUCAACUGGAACAUGGACCCUGCCACAACACAGACACUCCCUGGCAUUCGACCUCCUCACACUCCCCUUAUGUUAAACCAGACCUCAGACAAUUCCAGUGCCUCAACACUAAAUAGCUACACAAGCCCAUUGACAAAUGACAUUAGUUGUGACACUAUCAGCAGAUCUGGUGGCAAAGAGAAGCGCUUCUCAUGUUCGUUCUGUGGGAAAGUCUUCAGUUUCCCCAAACAGGUGGAGAUCCACCAGAGGAUGCACACGGGGGAGAAACCUUUCGGCUGCCACCUGUGCCGGGCCAGUUUCUCACACUCGUCCAGCCUGAAGAGGCACCAGAGGGUCCACACAGGGGAGAAACCCUACAGCUGUCUGCAGUGUGAGAAGAGGUUUUCCCACCAGCACCAGCUGAAGAGGCACCUGAAGGUCCACACGGGAGAGAGGCCAUUCACCUGUACGCACUGCGGGAAGAGGUUCUCAGAGGGGAGAUACCUCAGGGCACACCAGCAGAAAAUGCACACGGCCCAUGUAUAGAGUACAGUGACAUGUAAUGUAAUACUAGUUUGUUUGUAGUUAAUUCUGUUUGUUUUGGAUGCAGUAGGGAACUAUAUGAAGUGAACUGAGGAAAGAAUGAGUAUGAUGAGGCAGAGUAGAUGACAUGGUGAUGGAUGGUGUCUGUAAAAAUGCUUCACUGAUGAAAAGUGACAACCUUGACCUGUUGUUUGAUGCUGUUUUUUAUAAUGAGGAAAUAUUAGUGCCUUAAUUCAUGUUUA